UCACGGUCAAAUCAAAUAAUUCGUAUUUCAUUAAAGUUUACGUGUGAAACAAACGUUCAGCAUUGCGAAUAACUAUACACAAGUGAGUUCCAGUUCAGUCAUUGUUUAUUCCAACUGAUAACAGACAUCUACGUGCAACUAGUUAUCAUUUCAACUGCCGAUACUUCUUCUAAAGGUCAUCAUUCUCAGAUAUGUUAAGGAAGUAGACAUUACCAUACCAUACGAAAAAUGUUUAAGUUAAAGGGUAUGUAUAAGAUUGGUGGUACCCUGAUGCUGCGCCUGGUAUGCUCCUGGGUCAGGUUUGCGUGUGUGUGCGCCGGUGUGUGGAGUAACAAGUUGAGGCCGAAUAUAAUAUUCGGAGGUGAACGAACCGCGGUUGCGCGCACAGCUCAGCCUGGUGUGCGCGCCGCGCUGAUUCCCGUUAGGUCUCUCGAGGUGCGCGGCACCACGGCCUCCGCCGCUGCCGCGUCUUCCGCCAGGUAGCGCUGAAGACACAGAGUCACGGUCAAGUUUAACAGCGCGCACCAUCCGUCAGUUAGUGUCGACAAGACGGUCGUACUGUAUGAACGCACGUCCGUACGCAAACACUUCGCACCUUCGAGGAUUACGAGAGGUGCGCGCGAGGACCUACCUCCUUGCGAGUGAUUACGUCAACAAUUGUGUUCAAUCAGCACUGCUGUUCUUUGUGAAUAAAGUUGCCAAGUGUUUGGAAUAUACGGUGUCAGCAGGAUUUAAGGAUUUAAGGAUUAUUGUGCACAGUGCGUCGAAGAGUUUAUUUAUUUACGCAGUAGGAAGGACACAGUGUGUGCAAGUGCCCGGAAAAGGAAUACCAUCUCCGGGUGUGGGUCCGCCGCCGCGCAUUCCGAGCUAAUGGCCACUUCUUGGUGAAGGAUCCGAUCUGCGUGCAUCCCGGCUCUCGAAAGAUUUUGGAUUUUUCACUGCUUAAGAUGCAAACCGAACUGAUUAGUAACUAAUUAUCCUCAAUUCAUCUCAAUUUCACGACUGAAUACUUGGCAAAUAUUUAGCAACAUGAUCGAAGAGGCUCAAGUGUCGUCGGCCAGCGGCGAGUUUGAUCUGGCCGGUAUGCGGGAGGAGGAUUUCGAGCAGCACACCACUUAUAUCGUACCGGAUCUUCCAGUGGAAGUUGGCACGCCAAAUCGCGCCGAGUCGACGCUGCCCCGAAAUCUCGUGCUCAAAUCGUCUCAAGCUCUUUCAGAUGCUCAGGGUGUUUGGAGCACCGGUUACAUCCCACGAGGGACACGCUUUGGACCUCUCGUGGGAGAAAUCUACGCCAAAGAUGCAGUUCCUCCAUCUGCAAAUCGAAAAUAUUUCUGGAGGGUACAGCUGCGAGAUGGUUAUAUCCGUAACACUAAUAAUGAGGCAAAGAUUUACAAAGAAAAUGAACUGUAUUACUACAUCGACGGAUUCGAUACGUCGAAGGCCAACUGGAUGCGCUACGUCAACCCGGCCUAUUCCAGCGAAUCACAGAAUCUAAUCGCUUGCCAAUACAAGAUGAAUAUAUAUUUCUACACGAUCAAACCGAUCCUCCCCAAUCAGGAGUUGUUGGUGUGGUACUGCCGGGAGUUUGCUGAAAGGCUCAACUACCCACUCACCGGAGAACAAAUGCUUCAGCGGAUACGUCAGCAAGUGCAACAAAGUUCAGAGGUGAUCACAGUAAGCACCACAGAACCGGCAAAUAAAGAUGGCGCACCUCCCUACGAGCAUCAGUUGACUCCUACUGACGGUAGUGUUCGUUCGGAUGAAGGGUACCACAGUAACGGAUAUCACGACGACGCUUUCACCCCACCUGAAGAUUCUUCAGAUUCAGACUCCGAGAACAACUACGUCUUGGACUUCAGUAAGAAACCAAGCGGGGAGACAGCGGUGAUUAAACCCGUUGCGCCCGAAGCCAACAAAAACGAGUAUCGCAAGGUGAAGAUCAAGAUCACCAAGGCGUACCACUACAAGUCCAAGACGGGCAGUACUCAUGAGAGUGAUCAUGAGAUGGAGAAAGCUGCAUCACCCCCUGCAACUGCAGUACCGGAGUUGACCACCACCUCGACAAUUGUCACUCCUCCUAGUUCGGUGAUUGUCUACGACUCACCGCCGCACGAAGUUCCUAACAAGCCGUUCUACGAGAACGACGUCAAGCCCAGCCCCCAACCGCACAUUGCAAGAUACACGCCGCCCUCGUCGAGCAUCCUAGAGAAUAUCCUAUUGAGAAAUAGAAUCGACACAAAUAACAAUGAUCCUAAUCAACGGCAGCCAAAUGCAACGCCUCCUCCGAGCUCACCUACAGAGAUGGCGUAUUCAUACAAAAAGAGUCAUCGAUAUGGUACGGUACCUUGCUCGCCUGAUUCCAGCUCCAACAUGAAUGCAGCUGCACCACAAACAUCACCGCCGAGUGGUGCUAAGGCCUCCCCUCCGAGUCCAGGAAAUCCUAAUUUCUACAUGAAUUAUGAUUAUCAUCAACCUUCACAGACUUACUACAACAUGUACCCGAAUAAUGUGCAUAGUACGAUUACAUCAGCGCCGGCUCCGCCUACGAGCUCAUAUUCUCCUCCCAUCACGACAACGUUUGCAUCCACACAUCCCACGACGAAUUUAAUGAUUUCCACCUCGCAUAUGAUGAGCGGUGGUUUGGGACAUCAGCUACUUACACCUUUGACGCCCUUACAACAUCCAUCACGUCCUUCUCCACCUGGUUCACAUAGCCCUGACCUUACUUGUAGUCUGAGUCCGACGAGUCCGAAUGGUACCUCACGUGGCUAUCGGAGUCUGCCGUAUCCGCUCAAGAAGAAGGAUGGUAAAAUGCACUACGAAUGCAAUGUGUGUUGCAAGACUUUUGGUCAGUUAAGCAACCUGAAGGUUCACUUAAGGACGCACAGUGGGGAACGUCCCUUCAAGUGCAAUGUCUGCACAAAGAGCUUCACACAAUUGGCACACCUACAGAAGCACCACCUUGUGCACACUGGCGAACGCCCUCAUGAAUGCGUCAUUUGUAAGAAGCGCUUCUCGUCGACGUCGAAUCUCAAGACUCAUCUGCGACUGCACAGUGGACAAAAACCAUACGCGUGCGAUUUUUGCCCGGCGAAGUUCACGCAAUUUGUGCAUUUGAAGCUGCACAAACGACUGCACACCAAUGAACGGCCGUACAUUUGCCAAGAAUGCGGGAAGAAUUACAUCAGUGCGUCGGGACUGCGAACGCAUUGGAAGACGACGAGUUGUCGACCGAACAAUAUCGAUGAAGAGCUCAAUGGCGAAUGCUCACCGAAUGGAUAUUAUGAUUAUGCUAAUUCUGAAAAUAGCAUGGGUUCGGUGGAAAUGAAAAAGGAAAUGUUUGAAGAAUCCAGAGAGAUUUACGAGCACGCGCAUCAACCACCUGUCAGCCACACAGUGCUCCACCCUGGAUUGUCAAGGCCGCCGCAGGUUAUUCAAUCACAACGUGCGCCCCCAACAUCUCACCCCAGUAAAGUAGAGACACGGCCAAGUGUGAUUGAAUCGUCGCAGCCGCACAUCAUCGAGUGUACCUAAACACCGUCUCUCUCAAGUCGCAUCACUUACUUAGCUGUUCUGCAAUUUCCACCCCCCAAUCCCAAUAACUAUCACCUUAAAAUGAUCAUUCCCUACUAACCACUAACAUUCCCAGUCCUUGGAUAUAUUUUUCCUUUCCGGAACAUAGCAAACCAAACUGCAGUUGAAUUUAUUAUGAUAAGACGUAAAAGUUGGAAGAACACACUAAAAAGUGGCAACUAAGACAUUUUUAGUUAGUAACGUAAUAAUUGUUGUUAAGUUUUUAAUGUUUAUUUAUUAUUUUUUAUCGUUUUUUUUUCUUUUUUGUCGACAAGCACAUGAAGAGCUAGAACGCGCAAGUUUUGUUCCAUGUAAAUUCGGAAUCAAAUUUGGACGUUUCAGCUGAAAAUCGAGAAAAACUAACGUUUCUUUGGAAAUAUAGCGAAAAUAUCUUAUAUUGUGUAAAUUUUGUGUGAAUGGCGAUGCGUAACAUUGGCAAUUUCUAUUAGCGUUUUUAUAUAAAUCAAAGAUACUCAAAAUUAUAGUUUAAAAAUAACUUAAUAUUAUUGCUAAUCUAGCGUUAUCUAUAUGUAAGUGCUAAAUCGUAAUUUGUAAAGAAAUCAAUGAGAAUCGUUGCGUUUAUUACCUUUGUUAUAUUUCCACGGAAACUUGCGCGCUGUUGUGAAUACUAUCGUCUAAGUGUUAAGUUAGUUUGCAUACGUUUGCAUACACAAUAUUAUUAUAUCAUAGUUAUAUAAAUUAAUUGAUUGAUUCAUUCUUGGCAAUUGAUUCGUUAAUUAAUCGAGUACAUAGUUAUUUAUUAUUUAUAUAUUAUAUAAAUAUUUGAAGAUGAAAUUUUUUGAGGAAAAAAGAAAUGAACAAAAAAAAUACAUGAGAAAAAUAUGUGAAAAUCUGA